AUGAGCAUCUAUCAAAGCCUAUCAAAUCUGCCGUUUUCUCGAGACGAUUCUAAGUUCAUCAUCUGGUCGGAUGUUGAUGAGAGAAUGAAUUAUCUUCGUGACAAUCUCGACAAUGACAUUUCCAAUGGUGUGUUUUUAGGAGGAGGCUUCAAUUUUGGGUAUCAGCUGCUCAUAACAAAUCCUGCUCAAGAAGCAUUCAUUCAGUUCCUCAAUAUUUCUUACAUGGAAACUCAUGGAGUGCAACAAAAUCGAGAAACGCUUGAGUUUAUCUGGGGAGUGAUUGUGUCCAUGUUCUUUUGGGGAGCCACUCUGGGCUCGUUGCUUAUUCAAACGAUAGCGGAUUGGUUCGGACGAAGAAAUGGCGUGAUUGUGAUGUUCAUCGUGCAGAUCGUCAGUCUACUAAUCGUGGUUAUUAGCUAUUUUACCACGAGUUACAUCAUCUAUUCGAUUUCGCGCCUUGUUUUGGGAGUCGCCAUCAGUGUUAGUUUAGGCAUCGGUCCGAUGUUCAUCAUUGAAUGCAGCCCACCGGCGUGCCGUGGUAUGAUCUCAAUGGCCACUGGUUUCAUGAUUCAGUUGGGGCUCGUUGCUGGUUCUAUUACCGCAAUGCCUGAGCUUUCUGCUGGCUCGGAACCAAACAAGAAAAGCUGUGAGCUCAUUUGUAUACUAUCAUUCUGCUACCGAAACGAAAGUCGAAGUGCUGUUGACCGAUGCUCAGAGUGUCAGCAAAGGGGAUCAACCGCUCAGUCUGUUCGAAAUCUUCAAAUGGUUAACGCAUUCGCCUUCGAAAUCUUGCUUAAUGUGGGAUUGAAUGGUCUUCAGGCGUCGCUUGCUAAUAUUGUUAUCUGUUUGAUGGCAUUGGAGACGUGGAUCGGCUGGUGUGUGGUAGUUGCGAUUUCUAUUUUCAAUCUGGUGUUCGCCACCGGACCUGGUCCGGUUUGCUUUCUUGUUCCCGGUGAACUCGUCGGACAUAGAGCUCGUGCCGCCGCCUACACUUGGGUGAACAUCAUAUUGAAUGGAGUUCGUUCUGCAUUGAUUGCUGUCUAUUUCCCAUUCCGUGCUUUAUUGGGUGGACCACUCUCCUAUUUUCUGCUUUUUUUCGCACCAUGUGUCAUAACAGUGGCAAUAUGUUACUACUGGCUACCAGAAACAUCUGGAAGGACGCCAGAACAGGCACGAAGCGAUGUGGAUGAUCUUCCGAGAAUUUGUGGAACCACCAAGAAAUCUGAUCGUGGUGUAAAUGAAGAACCGCAGUUGAUGUCAAGUUUUUGA